ACAUAAUUAUCGUCCUAAAAAAUUUUUUCCGUUUCAAAAAAUUUCUAUUUUUAAAUAAUUACGCGAUUUCAUACAGGAAAUUACUUUUCCUUGUUUUUAUCUUAUCUUUUUCAAAAAUUAAAAAACAAGUUAAAAUUAAGUUUACAAUUAUAGGUUGGAAAAAAUUCUACAUGUGUAUUUGAAUAUUGUCGGUAAAUAUAUAUAUAUGUAAUAUAUAGACAAUGGGUGGAAGUAAUUGCAAAAGUUUUUCUCCACGUUCGGUGAUCAGAAGUAAAUCAUCUUCAAGUUCAGGUAAAUCGGAGAACAAUGAUUACAUUGAAGGUGUGGUGUGUAAUGAAGAGGAUAUUAAGGAGAAUGAAAUGAAAAUGUUGUCGCUUGGUGAGGAUGGUGGAAAAGUUUUGCUUAUUAAACAAAAAGGUGAAUUUCAUGCAAUUGGAACAAAAUGUACACAUUAUGGUGCAUUAUUGCACACUGGUGCUUUAGGAGAAGGUAGAGUAAGAUGUCCAUGGCACGGUGCUUGUUUCAAUAUUAAAACAGGUGAUAUUGAAGAUUAUCCUGGACUUGAUUCCUUACCUUGCUAUCAGGUAAGCGUGAAUGAUAAUGGAAAUGUGCGAGUACGAGCUAAACGAAAAGAUCUUGAGGCUAAUCGACGUACAAAAGAAAUAUGUCCCUUUAAUCUUGAUAAUUUAAAUACUGCUGUUAUAAUUGGCGGAGGUCCUGCUGGUGCAACAUGCGCUGAAACUUUACGCCAAGAAGGUUUCACCGGGCGAAUUAUUAUGAUUUGUAAAGAAAAUUCUUUGCCCUACGAUCGUAUUAAAGUGUCAAAAAUAAUGGAUUUAAAUGUGGAUAAUAUUCUCUUGAGGUCUCAAAUGUUUUACGAUGAAUAUAAAAUUGAAACUCGUCUUGGCAUUGAAGCAACAGGCUUAGAUACAGAGAGAAAAUUGAUAAAAUUGAAUAAAGGAGAAGAAAUAAAUUAUAAACAUUUAUUUAUAUCAACUGGUUGUAGACCACGAGUGCCAGAUACUCCUGGCAUUGAUUUGAAAAAUAUUUUUUAUCUUCGAAAUUACACGGACUCAAAUAAUAUUCAUAAACAAUUGUCAUCUGAAAAACAUGUUAUUAUUUUGGGUACAAGUUUCAUUGGAAUGGAAGCAGCUGCUUAUUGUAUUGGCAAAUGUGCGUCAGUUACUGUUAUUGGAAGGGAAUCCGUACCAUUGGAGCCCGUUUUUGGUGCUGAAAUUGGUGAAAGAGUUAAGCGGGAAUUUGAAUCUAAAGGAAUUAAGUUUAUUUUCAAAAAUAGUGUCGAAAAAUAUAUAGGCAAGGAGAACGACGAUAAAAUAUUGUCAAAAAUUGAAAUGCAAGAUGGAACUAUUUUACCUGCGGACAUUGCAAUAAUAGGAAUUGGAUCUUUCUUUAAUACUGAAUGGCUGAAAGAAUCUUCGAUUAAAAUGUUGGACAAUGGAACAUUAGAAGUUGAUAAGUAUUUGAAGACAAAUGUAGAAAAUGUCUAUGCAGGAGGUGACAUUGCAUUUGCUCCAUUAAAUAUUUUUAAUACUUCUGCGGCAAUUGGACAUUUUUCUUUGGCACAUUAUCAUGGAAAAAUUGCUGCAUUCAAUAUUUGUGGCAAGGAAACUCCAUUGAAUUCUGUUCCAUUUUUCUGGACAACUUUAUUUGGCAAAAGUUAUCGAUAUGCAGGAUAUGGACGUGCUGAGAGUUUUAAAGUACAUGGAUCAUUGGAGGACUUUAAAUUUUUCGCCUACUAUUUCAAGAAUGAUCAAGUAAUUGCAAUGAGUAGCGUUGGUAGAGAUCCAAUUGUUGCUGAUUUUGCAAAUUUACUUUACGAGGGGAAAAUUUUAACACGUGAAGAGGUGGAAAAAAAUCCAACAGGUUGGAUGAGAAAUAUACCAAAAGAUAUGCUUCCAUCGUUGGAACCGGAGAAAACAACUAUUCCUUUUCCUGACACGAAGUCGAUUGGACCAAAUAUGAGGAAUCAAUCUCGACGAUAUCAUACUAUAGCUUUUGCACAGAGAACAUUUUGCAAUACUCGACAUAUUUCUACAACAGCUACAAACUGCCUUUUUUAUAAAUACUCGAAACUUUUUAAAUAUUUUCGCGUUUCCCUGCCAUUGUAAAAUGUUAAUGUUAUUACAAAUAAUAUUUUGAAAAUUUUGACAAAAAAAAAAUAUGACAUAAAAUUGCUUGCGAAAAAAAUAAUCCCAUAAUUUAUUUACAGCAAUUUAGAUAAUUAUUUGAGAAGAACUAUAGAGUUCCUUCGAGAAAGUUCAAGUGAAGAAGAUUAAUAUAAUUUUGUGUAAAAAAAAAAACGAAAUUUUUGAAUUUAAAAGUAUUACGUACGCUUAAAUUGAUAAAAAUAUAUAUUAUGGAGAAUUAUUAUUUUUAAUAUUGUAUAUUAUUUGUUACAAAGAAAAAUAAAUGUACAUUAAAUGAA